AUCAGCUUUGUGCCGUUGUCAUUUCACUUGCUUGAACUGUCCGGGAACAUGACGGUGACACUUUCUUUUCUAACUCAGGAAAAGGAUACUCUUCCUGGUCUGGUGGACAAGAAAGAGAUAACAGCAGCACUCAGGCUGUGCAACUAUGAUCCUGAUGAGGUCAUGUCUGUCUACCUCACUAUAUUUGGUAACAGCCUUUUUCAGUCCUCCAGCAAAGCACAACAUUUUUCAGAGCUGAAUUCUUUCCGGAGCCAUUUGGAAAAGGACAGGAUAAUUGAAGACCUCAAACAAAAACUUUACACAAAAGAGAAUGAGCUAGAGAAACUUUUCCAGAGGAACAGCUACUUAAAUCGAGAUUCCGAGUACCUUGCUAAUAUGGUCCACCAAUUGAACCAGCGAGUAGCUGAACUUGAAGCUGACAAACAAGAGGCCAGUGAGAAAAUCCGAGCCUUGUUGAACCGAAGGUCCACCGAAGUGCCAGCCAAGGUGCCCCCUAAACCCUCUGUAGAUCUGGAGCACCUUCGACAAGUCAGCCGUUUGACUCACGAGUUGAACGUCUCCAACAAGCAUCUGAGCUCCACUGUGCGUCACAUGUUGGUGGAUUUGCAGAAUCAUUUCAAGCAGUUGAGGGAGCUGGUGGAGAAAAUGACUGAAGCAGAGCAGCACAGGGUUAAGGAGCAAGAGGAGCUUCGCUCCCUUUACAUGAAAGAGGCCCUGGAGAGAAAAACUUUGUACAAUAAACUUCUAGAGCUUCAAGGGAACAUCCGGGUAUUCUGCAGAUGUCGAGGUAAUGCUACAGCAAACUCCUGUGUGGAGGUGCCAUCUGAACAGGAGAUUGCAGUCAUUCAGAAAGGAGGCAAGAAGAAAUUUAACUUUGAUAGGGUCUAUUCACCAAACUCUACUCAGGAACAAGUAUUUGAGGGCACCCUACCCAUCAUAACUUCUUGUGUUGACGGAUAUAAUGUAUGCAUCCUAGCCUAUGGCCAGACAGGCUCUGGGAAGACAUACACAAUGAUGGGACCUAAAAACAGUCCAGGAGUUAAUAUAAGGUCUGUCAGAGAGUUGCUGUCUAUAUGCAAAAACAGAGAAAAUGUAACAUAUACUCUAAAGGUAUCCAUGUUAGAGAUCUACAAUGACAGCCUGAAUGACCUUCUGGCAAAGGACCCAAGUAAUCAUCUGGACAUUCGUACCCAAGGAAAAUCUGUCACUGUUCCAGGUUUGACACAAGUUGAAGUUAAGACUGAGGAUGACAUAUUGCAUGUCAUGGAGAUGGGUGAAAAGAACAGAAAGAUAGCAUCUACCAAAAUGAAUAUUGAGAGCUCUCGCUCUCACCUCAUCCUCACCUUGACCGUGCUUGGGGCAGACAGCAUCUCUGGGGUCAUCUCUCAAGGGACACUGACCCUGUGUGACUUGGCUGGUUCUGAGCGCAUCUCCAAGACCGAGGCCAAAGGGCAGCGCCUAGUGGAGGCAGCAGCCAUCAACAAGUCCCUCACAGCAUUAGGACAGGUUUUCAGUGCACUGAAAUGCAAUGCCAUUCAUGUGCCUUUCCGAAAUUCAAAACUCACACAUCUGCUUCAGCCAUGCCUUUGUGGAGAUGCCAAGGCUUGUGUGUUUGUGAACGUAAGUCCAGAUGCACGAAACAUGGUUGAAACUCUUAGUACGCUCCAGUUUGGCUCUUCAAUACGUCAGGUGGCACUGGGAAAAGCUACGCAGCAUGUCACUUCAACACCAAACACCAAGCAAGACAAAUAACCCCAUUACAGACCUAUGUACAGCACGUGCUCUUUUAAAAACAUAAGUCCAUAAAUCUUACUGGACCAGUUAUAGAGUGUUUUUGGAAAUAAUGCAUCAAUUUAGAUGUAAUCUAGCACUAUCACAACAAUCAUGCUGUUUUGGAUUCAUUUGUAUUCUUAUUGUGCUUAGAAACAUACGCCCAAACACAUUCCUGGAGUAAAUCCCAAUAAAUACUUCAUACUCAAUGAGCAUUUAAAAUGA